AUGGCCACUUCCACGGAGCGGACGUUCGUCCAGAGACCCACAUUGCUGCCAAUCUUUCCUCUGGAGCUCUGGGAUAUCAUCAUUGAAUACCUGCAUGAUGAAGAAUCUGCCCAACAUCUGAGCCGACUUGCUCAAACAUGUCCCGCGCUUUAUUCCAGAAUUGAUCCUCAGCUCUACAAUAACCCUGUACGCCUACUCAAUUCAGAAAGCGGUGCUCGUCUUGCCCUCACCAUAGAGAAGCGUCCAGAGCUAGCACCACUCAUUUGUGAGAUUCGACACAAGCAGGAUACUGGGUCAGAAUAUUGGUCUAACCGUCAUCUCCAAUUUUAUAAGACGGCUGUAACUUUGCCGAAUCUGGAGAACCUGAGUUUGAGAAGAAAUCCCAGGCCCUUUGAUUCUACUCGGUGGGCCAGUGCAAAUGCCAGAGAUGACGCCAUGCUGGAGUGGAUGGAUAAGAUUGCCUCUGGAUCAGGAAGCGUCAAAGAGUACCGAGAGUUGGGAUAUGGGCCUUCAGGAGAAUCGUCGUUCAGUCCUCCAGAUCGCGAGCUAAGUCACACACGAGAUGGAGAGGUUGAAACUUUGUUUUGGCACGCUUCUCUUCAACACCCGCCAGGGCUGCCUGCCCUGCGUGUUUGUCACAUCGGAAGCGACUAUGAUCAUAACGAGAACAAUCCUAAGAUGGACGGCAGAUGCUUACCAAUUUUCAAUGAAGCACUCUUCUGCCAUCCGGGCUUACGAAAGCUCUGUAUCACUGGCGCUACUUUCCGGCUUUCCCGGUCUAGCCUCUCACUAACAUCUCCAUCGCCUUUGGAGGAACUGACCCUUUUGAAUUGCGUCAUCAAUCCAUCUGACCUCCGAACAGCGCUUGAAUAUCCAGCAGCCUUGAAGCGGUUUACCUUCAGAGGUCCUAGAUCAGAGGAUAUGUUAGAGGGAGAAGCUGAAUGUUACAUUCACUCAACGCUCUCACACGAAAAUUCCUUAGAAUACAUUGAUUACGAUCUUUACUGGGGAGCUGAUGAGGAAACAGACUUUGGUGAACUAGUCUGCCUUAAGGAUCUCACAACAACUCUCGCCACACUUGCAGGGAGGGAAUGCAUGGAACUGGAUCCUACGGAUGAUAUUCUGCCACAGAAUCUUGAGAGUCUUACGAUACGAUACGAUGAAGUGAAGGCCUGGCUUCCUUCGGUUAUCUACGAGAUGGUGAAAGAUGGAAAACUCCCAAAACUGCGUCGUUUUACCUGUGAGGUACCAGAAAUCAUAGAGCACCUCCCAUCAAUCAACCCACAUAAGUCCAACCCACCCGUCGGUGAGAUAUGUCAGGAGGGCAACACCUGGAAAAGCAAGUUUGCGGAGCUGAAUGUGGAGAUGUCCAUGGUGUCUGUGCCUUAUCCUCUUGAUCUGCCCAAAUAUGACGUGUGUUCUUGUGAAUGUCUGUCCUUUUACCACCGCAUGUUCUUCCAUCCGCGAAAACCACUAGGACUUCCUUGGGAAGAAAACGGCUUUGGAGAGGAGGACGUGUUCUUUGACGACUGGGCCGAUAUUGACGAUGAAAUGGACCUUGAUAUUCUCAUGGAUGAUCUUGCGGAGAAUUCUGGAUCUGAUGUCUCGGCUUGA